CACACUUGGUGCUACACAACCUGCAGCUAAUUAAACAUUUUGCAUCGAGCGACUGCGCGUACCUCUAUAAUAGGACUAUCAGCGUAAAUACCGUCAUACUGGCGCGCCUCAACGAAUCCCCCAUCCAAAAGAUGGAUCCUCCUUCUUUGCCGGCCUCGCCCUCCAAACAGGCAAUGUCGCCCAGCAUGCCAUCCUCUCCCGAGCGACGCGCAAGGCCUGCGUUCGGCGGCUCGGUGUUGCUCUCGCCUACAACUACACGAUCUGGCUCGCGCUCUGGGUCGCCACUACGAGAUGGCUCUCCGCUGCGAUCAUCACAUCGACGAACCGACUCUGACGUAUCGGUCCACGGACUGGCCACCAUGUUCGAGACUCUCGAGGUUAAGGACCCUAGAGAAGCCAGGGACAGGUACAUGGCGCUACUUGCCAAAGAAAAAGCCAAGUUUGAAAAGAUCGAAAUGGACUACAACAUGUCUGCAGGACGGAAAGAGAUGCGCAUCGAAGAGCUAAGGAACGAGCUCAAGGACGUGAAGGAAGAACUGGAGCUAGCAGUGUCGAGAGAUGCAUUCGAGAAAGAGCGCAAAGCACACAAGGCGAAUGUGGCCAAGUGGGAGAAGGUCUUCAAGGAGCGUGAAGAAGCGUGGAAAGUGUCCAACGCUAAGCUGAGCGAGUUGGAUUAUAACAACAAGCACCUCGAGGCUAAGAACCGCGAAUACAAGAAGCGAUAUAUGGAGAAGGACAAGGAACUUCUGAGAAAGUCUGGCCAAGUGCCAACUCUCCAGGCUAAGAUCCAGGGACUGGAGCGCAACAUGAAACGAGCCGAGUCUGAUGUCAAGUUCAAGACGGAGGAGGCCGCGAAGUACCAGAGCCAGCUGUACAACGUGGAAGUCGAGCUGGAGGGCCUUACAGAACGUCUCGGAGAAGAGAUUCAAACAUUGAAGGACCGUCUGAAGCUGGUCGAGAGCGAGCGUGAUGCGCUCAAGACAAGUCUGAAGGAAGAGGAAGUUCUGCGCAUUGCCACAGAGGGACAGCUCGCGCUCCCUGCGGCUACCCACGACGAAGAAAACGAGUUCAGGUCGCCAGUUCGCUCCCCCCGCAAGCCCCUUGCUCUUCAACGCGACGACGAAGACAAGGAAAACCAGUCGCCGAGGAAGUCUGCAGUUGACCUCCGCUUCUUGCAGCAGGAGCUGGCGGCGGAGAGACACAACCGUGCUCGCGCCGAGGAUCAGAUUGAGUUCAUGAAAAUGGAGUGCCAGUUCCAGUGCUGCUCUUGCCGCAUUGCUGAGAACAAGAGCAAGGCUUACAUUCACGACAAUAGCUAUGCAGCACAGAUGGAGGCUAUUAAAGCUUCUGUGCCUGCUUUGACUCCUCCAGCAAGCAACCAUGGUGACGAUGCGAUGGACAUUGUCAAGGACGACGCCAAGCGACCGUUCACACCGCCGUUGGAGGAGCAGACUUCCGAAGCCACUGUCGUACUUCACCCCCAAGACAUUGAGCCUGAGGGCGUCAUCGCCUUCUCACCUACGACCGGCACGUUCAAGUCUAUUCCUUCUCCAUUGAAGGCCCUGCCAAAACGUUCUCUUUCUCGCCAGUCCGCUAGAGCAUCGUCUCGUUCAACCACGCGCUACUCAGAUGUUCGCAGCGAGCUUCCCCCUCUGAAAGCAGCUUUCGAGUAUGAACCCGAGUCAGCAGUGUCUCAUGUUGAUGUGGAGGAGAGUAGGAACGCAGAUAUUGCCAUUCACGAAGACGAGAGCGACGAUGAUAUGGAGCCACCAAUGCCAGCUGCGGCAGGACCUGGCACACCAUACUUCACCAAGACCACCACAACGACAAUUCCUAUCGCUUUCUCACCAGCAACACCAGCCCCGCGACCCGGCAAGCAGCUGAUGAGCCCUUUCACAAUUGGUCACGGCGCAGUCAAUGGCCGCACACCAGUUCUAGGUGAGCUGCAGCUGAACAACGUGCCGUUUGACCGCGAAGCUGCACUGCAGGCCAUUCGCGAACGACGGGGUAGAGCCCGAAGCAUGGCUGAAGGCACCGGUACACCGAUGAAGCAGAUGCUCGAUAAGGAGAGGCGAGACAUCAGUGCGCCGGUCUCUAGGAUUGGCCGGACAUGAGUUUCGACGUCGGGACUUGGAGCAUUUGGAGCAUGACUACUUUCUGGAUGAUGACUUUUUACGUUGUUUAGCUUUACGACUUGCUGAGCGGCAUUGCACGGCGUUUUGAUUUGCUGCUCUGCCUCAGCGGUCUCAAAAAUGGCGUUUGGGGAUCCCUCGCAUUGGAUAGGCUCGGCUGGGUAGAUACCACGGUUGGGCUGCUGGAGUUUGCAUAGUAUAAAUGAUGUGUCGAUGUUUAA